UUAAUCUCAAUUCAACUUCAUUAAAUUAUGUUAAAAAAAAUGGACCAAAAAGGAAAAUAAUUGAUUUAGUCUCCUCUAUCAGUGAAAACUUCCGCCGGUCGCCCUUUUUCGUGGCGAAGCGAAGGCAAUCACAUCAGCCAUGGUUUCUGGGAAACUCUACACCUACCCGAACAACUUCCGGGCCUACAAGGCUCUGGUGGCUGCCCAGUACUCAGGUGCCAAGGUUGAGGUGCCCAAGGACUUUGUCUUUGGUGAGACCAACAAGUCUGAUGCCUUCCUGAAGAAGUUCCCUCUGGGCAAGGUGCCGGCCUUCGAGGCAGCCGACGGCACGUGCAUUGCUGAGAGCAACGCGAUCGCGUGGUUCGUGGCCAACGAGCAGCUGCGCGGGAAGACGGACGCCGAGCGCGCCCAGGUGGUGCAGUGGAUGGCGUUCGCCGACUCCGAGCUGCUGCCGGCGGUCUGCGCCUGGACCUUCCCCAUGCAGGGUAUCAUUGCCGCCAACAAGCAGACCACCGAGCGUGCUAAGGACGAGCUGCGCCGCGCGCUGGCCGCGCUCAACUCGUACCUGUUGACGCGCACCUACCUGGCCGGCGAGCGGGUCACCCUGGCCGACAUCGCCUGCUGCUGCACACUCCUCUCCGCCUUCCAGCUGGCCAUGGACGCCGAGUUCCGCAAGCCCUACGGCAACGUGGUCCGCUGGUUCAACACCAUCGUCAACCAGCCGCAGGUGAAGGCCGUCAUCGGCGCUGUGACCCUGUGCGUCAAGACGGCCGAGCCGCAGCCGGUCCAGGGCGGCGGCGGCGACGCCAAGAAGGACAAGAAGUCCAAGAAGGACGACAAGAAGGCCAAGGAGGAGAAGAAGCCGUCCAAGAAGGAGGCCGCGCCCAAGGAGGAGGCCGAUGCCGCCGAUGAAGCGGUGGCGGCCGAGCCCAAGUCCAAGGACCCCUUCGCCGGCCUACCCAAGAGCUCCUGGGACAUGGAGGACUUCAAGCGGUUCUACUCCAACAACGACGAGGACAAGUCGAUCCCCUACUUCUGGGAGAAGUUCGACAAGGACAACUACUCGAUCUGGUACAGCGAGUACAAGUACCCCGAGGAGCUCGGACAGAUCUUCAUGUCCUCCAACCUCGUCGGAGGCAUGUUCCAGCGGCUAGAGAAGCUGCGUAAGAACGCGUUCGCCUCUGUGGUUGUGUUCGGAAAGAACAACGACUCCUCCAUCUCUGGUAUCUGGGUGUGGCGCGGACAGGAGCUCGCCUUCCCCCUCUCCCCCGACUGGACCAUCGACUACGAGUCGUACGACUGGAAAAAGCUGGACGCCAGCUCCGAGGAGACCAAGAAAAUGGUGGACCGCUACUUCCGGUGGGAAGGCGAGGACUCCAAGGGCCGCAAGGCCAACACUGGAAAGAUCUUCAAGUAACUUAUUGAGGUUGUCUGAGAAUCAUCCUGGCCACCAAAUCCACAUUCAGUCGUUUUGAGGUGAUUUAUUGUGUUGUCGGGCCACCGCCCCGGCCGGCGGGAACCGCCAAUGAUGUCCUGCCAGACGCCAUGGUGCCCUGUUUGAUACAGAAAUACAUCUAUUGGUCGGACGUGAA